AUGUGGAACCUGUUCUCGCCUGCCUUCACCUGGCCCUAUAAGUACAAAGUCUCCCCUAAUCUUCAAAUGCAGCCGCUUGGGCGAGCCUCUCCUUCCAUCGUCGCGCAAUUCUGGGGCUUCGUGCACAGAAAUCUACUUCUUUCUUUCUCUGAACAUUACUGUCGCUGGUACAAUAUCCCGUUCAGUGGCCAAAUCGCGCAACUGCCUUUCGGACUCCUCCUGAAGUGGUCAGAUGGAACACGCCUAGAAGAAGUCCUCGCUAUGGAAGCCGUUCGUAAGGCCGGCAUGCCUGUGCCUAGGGUCAUUUGCUAUGGCGAACAAUCUGAUACGCCACAUGCACCGGUAUCCAUACUCAUGACUCGUCUACCAGGACGUCAAUUGGGGCAGGUAUACGAGAGUCUCACUCCUGCGGAGAGAAAUACCGUCCUGUUCGAGCUAGAGGCCUACCUCUCUUCGAUGCGAAAAUGGGAUAGUCCAUGGGGCGAGAAUCGGAUAUGUUCAUCAUCAGGAACUCAUAUCAGAAGUGUUCGCGUACCCUUUACAAAGAUGGGCCCUUUCGACUCGGAGCAGCAGAUGAAUGACUACUUGCUCUACCCCGGCGGACAUGACAUGUACGAAGACGAGGAAAGAUUCCCGAAGCUCAAGAGCGCAACCGACAAGCUCUUCAACGACAGACACGAAAUUGUCUACACCCACGGCGAUUUCAAGCAUCACAACAUUCUCGUUCACAAUGGACAUGUCUCGGGACUGCUCGAUUGGGAAUCUGCCGGUUGGUACCCCGAAUACUGGGAGUUUACCACUGCUCUCCGACUCGUCCCCGAGAGCUCUUGGUGGUACGACUUUGUUGUCAAGCUUGGAGGUCAUAGAUACCUGGUUUACCGUGAGGCUGAACGCGCACUUUUCAAUCUCACCAGUGGAUAUACUAUCGGGUGGUAG